CGUUUGUGUGUCGGUGUCAUGCCAUCCCCCUCGCGCCUGCUAGGUGCGCCCCAGCCUCGCGAUAGCCUCUUCCAGAAUCAAAGCUCCCCUCGCGAACUGGAUGCUGACAGACGCGCGGUCAUCAUGCAAAGGUUACAUUGUAUCCAUUUCAGCGAAUCUUACGUACGCGAAGAAGGCACUCUGCAGGACCGUCACGUUAUCGAAACGCGAGGCGGAUAAACAAAUAUGCGCUGAACACAUUGGCCGCGGUUUUUUUUACUACACGAAGUGUUGAACGAUGCACGCAAGUUUGGGAUUUUGGAUUUGAUCGGAUGGCGUUGUGUGUGCUGGCUUCGCUCGGCAGCAAAGUGGCUUCAUGAGUGUCCAAAGUAACAGUGGAAGUGGUGGAAGUUUGGAGGCGACGCCAUCUUGGUCACAGCUCUCCUCGUCCCCAACGAUUACUCAACAACAUAUAACGGCGACCACCAAGACCAAGGAAGGGCCCAUGGAGGAGCUGCACAGCCUGGACCCGCGGAGGCAGGAGCUGCUGGAGGCCCGGUUCAUGGGGGCGGUGAGCGGGAACACGGGCGGCAGCACCGGGGGCGGCAGCACCGGGAGCGCUAGCGGGGGGGCCAAGGGUCUGGCCAACGAGUGCUCCAACCACAGCUAUGGCAGCCUGGGCUCCUCCAGUGACAAAGAGUCGGAGAACUCGGAUAUGAAGAGGGGCAGCUCCCCUGCCUACUCGACCCCAGAGAAGAAGCACUCUGAGUCUUCCCGGGGGAGGAAGAGGAAAGCCGACACCCAUUCGGACAGCAGCCAGGGGAAGACCUCUACGCGCGGGCCCAAAAUCAGUGACUACUUUGACUUCCAGGGUGGGAAUGGUUCCAGUCCUGGCAGGGGUGUCCCACCCGCCCGGCGCUCCCCACAGAGCUCCCACUCAGCUCCAGGCUCCAUCGUGCGACAGAACAGCUCCUCUCCUACCAGCCUGUGUUUUGGAGAACAGCUGAUGAAUCCUAAGGCCUUGUCCACCAAGUGUGUCCAGACGGAGCUGACGGGGCUGAAGCUGGCCGCGCUGGAGAGCAACAAGAGUCUGGACCUGGAGAAGAAGGAGGGCCGCAUCGACGACCUGCUCAGGGCCAACUGUGACCUACGGCGUCAGAUAGACGAGCAACAGAAGCUUCUGGAGAAGUACAAGGAGAGACUCAACAAGUGUAUUACCAUGAGCAAGAAGCUGCUCAUAGAGAAGAGCACCCAGGAGAAGCAGUCGUGCCGGGAGAAGAGCAUGCAGGACCGCCUGCGCCUCGGCCACUUCACCACGGUGAGGCACGGAGCGUCCUACACAGAGCAGUGGACGGACGGAUACGCAUUCCAGAACCUGGUCAAGCAGCAGGAGGCCAUCAACCAGCAGCGGGAGGACAUUGAGCGCCAGAGGAAGCUGCUGGCCAAGCGCAAGCCCCCCAACCCGGCCUCGCCCUCGCUGGCCGUCGCCGCGACCUCUGAGCCCAAGCAGCGCAAGACCAAGGUCGUCAACGGCAAUGACCCCGACCCUUUCCUCAAGCCCUCUCUGCCACAGCUGCUGACCCUGGCCGAGUACCACGAACAGGAGGAGAUCUUCAAGCUUCGCCUCGGCCAUCUCAAGAAGGAGGAAGCGGAGAUCCAGGCGGAGCUGGAGCGGUUGGAGCGCGUGAGGAACCUCCACAUCAGAGAGCUGAAGAGGAUCAACAACGAGGACAGCUCCUCGUUCAAAGACCACCCUACUCUGAAUGAGAGGUACCUGCUGUUACACCUACUGGGCAGGGGCGGCUUCAGUGAAGUCUACAAGGCUUUUGACCUGUUUGAGCAGCGCUACGCUGCGGUCAAAAUCCACCAGCUCAACAAGAACUGGAGAGAGGAGAAGAAGGAGAACUACCACAAACAUGCAUGCCGAGAGUACCGGAUACACAAGCAGCUGGACCAUCCCAGAAUAGUCAAACUCUACGACUAUUUCUCCCUGGAUACCGACACGUUCUGCACGGUGCUGGAGUUCUGCGAGGGCAACGACCUGGACUUCUACCUGAAGCAGAACAAGCUGAUGUCGGAGAAGGAGGCUCGCUCCAUCGUCAUGCAGAUCGUCAACGCCCUACGCUACCUCAACGAGAUCAAACCCCCCAUCAUCCACUACGACCUCAAACCUGGUAACAUCCUCCUGGUGGACGGCACGGCCUGCGGCGAGAUCAAGAUCACGGACUUCGGCCUCUCCAAGAUCAUGGACGACGAUAACUACGGCGCCGACGGCAUGGACCUGACCUCUCAGGGGGCCGGCACCUACUGGUACCUGCCCCCAGAGUGCUUCGUGGUGGGGAAGGAGCCUCCUAAGAUCUCCAACAAGGUGGACGUCUGGUCUGUAGGAGUCAUCUUCUUCCAGUGCCUCUAUGGACGCAAGCCCUUUGGACACAACCAGUCCCAGCAGGACAUUCUCCAGGAGAACACCAUCCUGAAGGCCACAGAGGUCCAGUUCCCCGCCAAACCGCAGGCCAGUACGGAGGCCAAGGCGUUCAUCCGGCGCUGUCUGGCGUACCGGAAGGAGGACCGCUUCGACGUCCACCAGCUGGGGGCGGACGCCUACCUGCUGCCCCACAUGAGACGCUCAAACUCCUCCGGCUCCCUCCAGCCCGCCUCCUCCUCGCUCUCCACAUACUGAUUGGCUCCCCUGGACAUGACCUGACGACGCGCUCCGGCCAAUCCCGCGACGGGUUGGUGGAUGAAACGGGUGGGGCUGGAGAGAGGGGGGGUUGGGGGGUGGAACAGCCGUCCGGCUGGGGUGCCCCCCCUCAGAGAGUAGAUAGACUGGAGCAGAGUAGGUGGUGAGGUGAGGGGGGCCGGGGGCCGAGGGCGCUGGAGAAGGGACUGGGUUUGCUGCCGGGUGGGCCGGGGGGUGCGAGGUCACUCUGACCUUGAAGCUCGCCGCCGAUGUGUUUUCAAACUCCUAACCCCCCCCCCCCACCUCCACCAGCCCCGCCCUCACCACCAGCCCCGCCCCCACCACCAGCCCCGCCCUCUUUCCUCGUUAAACCCCAGCAGAGACGCUUGAUACCGGCCGUGGCAGCGACCUGAUAACCUUUAAGCCCCGCCCCCAGCGCUUUGGAGCUCCAGCCAAUGGCGGUCUUUCUUCCUGUGUGGAUGGAAGAGAACAGGAAGCAAGACUGCUUCAGGCAGUUGACCCCCCCACCCCUUCCCCCACACACAGUGUUGAGGAGCAGGCCCAGAGCCCCCGGGGAGACAACAUGGCCGAGGCUACGCAAGACCAGAGACGGUGCUUUCAUCUCAGACUGGACCUUCUUCGCGGAAUGCAUGUGGCUUGGCUUGGGGGUUGGGGGGGGGAUUCUAGUUCAUUGUGGUGGGAAGGUGAUGUAAUUCCCCCCCUCCCCCCCACUUGGCGAAUGGAGAUCCAUGGCUGUUUCUAGGGCUCUCUUUGGCGGCAGUUGAGGCUCUGACACAAACCAGAGGCCCCCCAAACCCCCCCCACCACCCGUUUUGCUUUAGUUCUUCACCUGCUGUGGAGCACGGUCCGUGCGUUUGUCUUACAGCGAUCCGCUGGUCCACAUAGAGGUACUUGAGGCCCAGGCUGUAUACAAGCUACCGCGUUGCCGUCACAGUAAAAGAAAAUGUAAACGAGAACAAGUCUGCUCUCCGAUGACCGUCAUCGACGACGCCAUCCCGAGGGGACUUCCACCCAAGGGUUGGAUCAAGUGUUACAGAUUUUUACACAUUUCCCUUUUGCAUCACAGGAUUAUUUCAAGGACAGGAGUGGGGCCGGGGGGGGGGGGGGCGUGGAUGUACAUUUCAUAAGUAGGAGCCGAGCGGUGGCAGAACCCGAUGAAUCCCGCUCUAACCGUGUGGUCCUCCGGCUCUGGGGGGGUGCUUGUCAUUUUUGCUGCUACAAAAUGUUUGCUUUUAGUUGUGUGACGUGUGGACGCCUUCCGCCUAGAAACAUACAUACUUGAAAUGCGUUAAGAGAGAACUUUUAUUUGGUUCUUUUUUUUUUUUUUUUCACACAGAAAUAUCGACUUUCACCGGCAGUCCCAGAAAGCAUUUGUCAUUGGUGUCAAUUGUUCGGGCUUCGUGUAGAAGUUUCAACGAUCGUUGUUGGUAGCAAGUCCCCCCGCCCCCCCUGGUGUGUUGUGCGAUGAUGCUAAAAGGGGAUGAUGAUACGUUUCAGUUUAAGAAACCAAAUGAAGAGACAACGGGAUAAGGGUUGUGCUUUUAAGAUGCUAGUCUCGAUGCCAACAUAUGCUAACCUUCCCUAAAAUAUUAAAUGGAAGAAAAGCAUUAUGUGGGAGUGCGGGUGGAUGUGCACGUGUUAUGUAGUGCCCCUUUGAGCUUGAGACCCCCUGGAUCAUGACCUGAAUGAGGGUUAUACCGGGGUGGAAGUUAAGAUCCUACAGAUAAAAUGGUGCACUCUGCUGACCGAUACUACAUUGAAGUCUUAAUUGCUGUUUAGUGCUGAAGCCCUUGCAGACGUCAAAGGAAAAGGAUUUACGAGUUGUCAACGGCCCUGCGUCAGGAUAAUGUUGUUGGAUCUCUUCAGGUUUUGUAGAAGGGAUUUCGAUUGCUGCCGCUCAGUAAUGGCACAUGGCGACACGCAACGGGCCAAAUGAAUCAAUCUACUUUGUACUCAAUGGAUUCCAAUUUAGUUGACCUGCUUAUCAUGAGUUCAGGCUCUCUGUCUCCUUUGCUUUCAAACACACCCUUCCCCUCCGAUUCUGUUUUACCCCUUCCUCCUUAAUUUGAGGACACCUGUAUGAGGUGUGUGUUGGCAUCGGGCACAUCCCUGACUGUUGGUGACAUCACAAGACAGGUGGAACUACUGCGCAAAGGCAGGUCAUGUCAUUCAUAUGCAAUAAAGAUUGCCUUACAAGUCCUACAA